UCAGAGCCCGCUGUCGUGCCUGGUGGACAUACUCGGUGCCCAAUGCUUGGCCAGAUGACGCGGUGCCCGCUGGCGAGCCAAAUGACCUGAUGCCUGGUGACCCUGUGCCCGCUGUCAUACACUGGUGACCCGAUACCCCGCUUGUCGAGCCAGACAAUCCCACUGUCGUGCCUGGUGACCACUGCCUUGCCAGAUGACGCGCGCAGUGCCCGCUGUCGAGCCAAAUGACCUGAUGCCUGGUGACCCCGAUGCCACGCUGUCCGCAGCCUUUGGACGAUUACCAAUGUGUCUGACCCAGUGCCCGCAGUCAUGCCAGUUGACUCGGAGCCCACGUGCCUUGCCAGAUGACGCGGUUUUGCUCGCUGUCGAGCCAAAAUGACCUGAUGUGCCUGGUGAC